UAUAGAUUAAUUUCAGAAAUACUUACAUAAUGACAUCUCGUAUAAAUCGUUCCCCUGAUCAUAGUUCGUCAUCAUCUUCCGCAGACGAAGAUGACCGCCAGGACGUAUUUAGCUUACUCAUGGGAGUGUUCGAUCACGAUGAUGAAGACGAUGACGAUCAAGAUGAAAUUUCUGAUGAAGAAAUUGAGGUAAGUAGUGAAUCGGGUUCUCCGCCGCGUCGUAGUGAAAGUGAAGAAAUUGAAAGUUCAAAUAAUAUUAAUAAUGGUGGUCGAGCAGUAAUUCCAUUUGGUCUUCUUCCUUUAUUACUGCCUUUGUUGCAAGCCGGCUUCCUUCGUGGACCGGUGGCGCCUCCCCGGCCCGCCGUUGGUCCUAUUCCACCACUUCAAGUUCCGCCGCCACCUAAUGCCCAUGGCCAUGUACUUUCUCCAUCUCCAACUCCAACUCCAACUCUUCAUCGAAGGAAUGUUGUGCCAAGUCACUUCUUGCUCAAAAUCGAGUCAUUUGCGUCUUUUUCAAAAGCCUCAGUAACUAAAUACCGUUCUGAGUUUGAAGCCGGUGGCUACAAAUGGGAAAUAAGUAUCUUCCCAAAUGGGGACAAGAAAAAUGGCGGGGAAGAUCAUAUUUCUGUUUUCUUGAGACUAAUACACACCAAUCUCCCUAUUGGUUGGGAGGUCCAUGCUAUUUUUACCUUCUUUCUGUUUGAUCAGAUUAGGGACCAGUAUGUUACUUGCCAAGAUAAUGCAAAAGUAUUGCGGUUCCAUGCAAUGAAGACAAAAUGGGGUAUAACUAAAUAUAUUGACCUUAAGACGUUCAACGAUGGUUCCAAUGGAUACCUUGUCAAUGGCAUUUGUAGUUUUGGGGCAGAGGUUUUCGUGGUCAAAAACACAAUCAAAGGAGAUCAUUUAUCAAUGAUCGAGGACCCAAUUAAAUGCACUCAUACUUGGAAAGUUGAUGCUUUUUCAAAUAUAACCCAAGACCGGUAUGAAUCCGAACCAUUUGUUGGUGGAGACUACAUAUGGAAAAUUGUGCUUUAUCCUGAUGGGUUUGGAGAAGGGAAGGGAACCAACAUUUCAUUGUUUCUAAAAUUGGAUGUUUCAAGUCUUCCUCCAAACAGUAAGCUCUUUGUUAAUUACGUUUUGCGUUUGAAGCACCAAGUUAAUGGAAAGGAUUUCGAGCAAACAGAUAACAAUCUUUUCCUAUCGUCUAAUGGAUGGGGUUUUCGUCAAUUCAUGUCGCCGCCAAAGUUGAAACAAAUCGAAAAUGGAUUUCUGUUGAAUGAUAGUUGCAUCAUCGAGGCUCAGUUUGAAGUGCUCGGAUUAAUUAAACAAGAUUGAUUAUGUUACCAAAAAAAAUAGUACAUAUAUGUAUUUACAAUUUGUAUAUAUAUAUAUAUAUAUCAUAAAACAGUGAUAGUUUAGUACAUUUACAUAAUUUAUAUCUUUUAUAUAUAUAUAUAUUAUUUUAGUU